CCGUGUUGGAAAUGCUUUGUUUGAAGUAGCUGGACCCCAGCUGACCACAAGGUUUAGAAAGGAAGCAGAAGAUGAAACAAUGCCUGGUGACUCAGUACUGCUGGAGGGCUUACCUGGACUUCAGUCUAAUGCAGUCUUCUUCCUCAAUCUUGUUCCCUGGGACGGUGACCCAGACGGAGUUGCAGUCCAGGUUCUUCGAAUGAGCAUCAACACAAUCCUAUCUUCUUGUGAGAAGAAAGGAUUCAGAUCUGUUGCUCUUCCCGUCCUCGGUGCUGGGAUGGCCCUGCAGUUUCCUGUCAGUGAAGUGGAGAGAGUGUUAAUGGAGGAAGUUUAUGUAUUUGAAGAGGAGCGAGCAGGCAUCACACCAUUUCUGAUCCACAUCGUCAUUCACCCCGAUGAUGAGGAGACACACGAGACAUUUGGCUCUGUCCAAAAUGGCAAAUUCACUGAAGAUUUUCACCACAAAGACCCAGACCAAGAUUCAACUGCGAUGAGGUUGGUCCUGCUGGGAAAAACUGGAGCUGGGAAAAGUCACCUGGGGAACACCAUUCUUGGAGAGGAGCUCUUUGCCACUUAUGACUCUCCAAACUCUGGAACAAUGAAAUGCCAAACAGAAACCAAAACAGUCAGUGGAAGAAGCAUCACUCUGAUCGACACCCCUGGUUUCUUUGACACAGGAAGGUCUGAGGAAGAUCUGAAGCCUGAGAUAAUGAGCUGUAUGACAGCGUGUGCUCCUGGGCCUCAUGCUUUUCUCAUUGUGCUUCGAGUGGGUAAAUUCACAGAGCACGAGCAGGCUGUCAUCACUAAGAUAGUUCAGUAUUUCUCAGAUGAAGCUCUAAAAUAUGCUGUCGUUGUUUUCACUCACGGUGAUCAGCUCAAGGAAAAUAUGAAAAUUGAAGAUUUUGUCAGUCAGAACAAAAAUCUGAGUGAUCUGGUGUCAAAGUGUGAUGGUCGGUGCCACGUCUUUGAUAACAAACACUGGAACAACAACCAGCCAAACAACUACAGGAGCAACCAGUUCCAGCUGGAGGAGUUGCUGAAAACAAUAGAAAAAAUGGUGGUGGAAAGAAAAGGAGGUUACUACACAAAUAAAAUGCUGCAACAUUUGGAGACAGCAAUACAAGAACAGGUAGAGCACAUUAGACACUCAAUGCCAGAUAAAACCCCAGAAGAGAUCAGAAAGCAGGCUAAAACUAGUGUGAUCAGUAGGUUUCUGAUCCAAAUGGCAGGGACGGGAACAGGAGCUUUGCUCGGUGCUUUUUUCGGUGUAGUAACAUUGGCUGAAUUUGCUAUCAAAGCUGUGAAGAACCCACAAUUGGUGAAUGUCACAACAAAGCUUUCCAGAUUUGUGCCAGCUGCACAACAACAGAAUGCAUUAGUAGCUGCUGGAGCAAUAGGCUUGGUUGGAGCAGCAACUGCAGGAGGAAUAAUGGGAGGUGUAAUUGGAAAUGAAGCAGCUAAAGAUUCAGAGUCACUUUCAGAAGCUGUACAGAAAGCAUAUAAGGCUGUACAGGAGGAAAGAAAAUCUCUUACUCAU